CCGCUUAAAGGCGACGUGGCGCGAUGGCGGCCGCCGCGCCGCUGCUCCUGCUGCUGCUCCCGCUGCUCCGCGCCGCCGCCGCCUACUUCCCCGAGGAGCGCUGGAGCCCCGAGUCCCCGCUGCUGCCCCCGCGCGUGCUCGUCGCGCUGCUCGCCCGCAACGCCCAGCACGCGCUGCCCGCGGCGCUCGGGGCCCUGGAGCGCAUGCGCCACCCGCCCGGCCGCACCGCGCUGUGGGUGGCCACGGACCACAACUCGGACAACACGUCGGCUGUGCUUCGCGAGUGGCUGGUGGCCGUGAAGGGGCAGUACCACUCGGUGGAGUGGCGGCCGGCCGAGGAGCCCCGGUCUUACCCUGACGAGGAAGGCCCCAAGCACUGGUCGGACUCCCGCUAUGAGCACGUCAUGAAGCUACGCCAGGCAGCCCUGAAGGCGGCCCGUGAUAUGUGGGCCGACUACAUCCUGUUCAUGGAUGCUGACAACCUUCUCCUGAACCCAGACACGCUCAGCCUGCUCAUAGCGGAGAACAAGACGGUGGUGGCGCCCAUGCUGGACUCCAGGGCCGCCUACUCCAACUUCUGGUGUGGGAUGACCUCGCAGGGCUACUACCGACGCACGCCGGCCUACCUGCCGAUCCGCAAGCGCGAGCGCAGGGGCUGCUUCCCGGUGCCCAUGGUGCACUCCACCUUCCUCGUGGACCUGCGCAGGGCGGCCGCGCGGCGCCUGGCCUUCCACCCGCCGCACCCCGACUACACCUGGGCCUUCGACGACAUCAUCGUCUUCGCCUUCUCCUGCAAGCAGGCCGACGUGCAGAUGUUCGUGUGUAACCGCGAGGAGUACGGCUUCCUGCCUGUUCCCCUGCGCGCCCACAGCUCCCUGCAGGACGAGGCCGAGAGCUUCCUGCACACGCAGCUCGAGGUCAUGGUGCGUCACCCGCCCCCGGAGCCCUCCCGCUUCAUCCCAGCGUGGGUCCCCAAGGCUGACAAGAUGGGCUUCGACGAGGUGUUCAUGAUCAACCUGAAGCGGCGCGCAGACCGGCGGGAGCGCAUGCUGAGCGCGCUGAGGGCCCAGGGCAUCGCCUGCCGCCUGCUGGACGCCGUGGACGGAAAGGCCAUGAACGCCAGCCAGGUGCAGGCGCUGGGCAUCGCCAUGCUGCCGGGCUACCGGGACCCCUACCAUGGGCGGCCGCUGACCAAGGGCGAGCUGGGCUGCUUCCUCAGCCACCACCGCGUGUGGGAGGAGGUGGUGGCGCACGGGCUGCAGAAGGUGCUGGUGUUCGAGGACGACCUGCGCUUCGAGAUCUUUUUCAAGCGGCGCCUCAUGAAUCUGAUGCGGGAGGUGGAGCGGGAGGGGCUGGACUGGGACCUCAUCUACGUGGGCCGGAAGCGGAUGCAGGUGGACCGCCCGGAGAAGGCCGUGCCCCGCGUGCGGAACCUGGUGGAGGCCGACUACUCCUACUGGACGCUGGCCUAUGUCAUCUCCCUGCAAGGCGCUCGCAAGCUGCUGGCUGCUCAGCCGCUCUCCAAGAUGCUGCCCGUGGACGAGUUCCUGCCCGUCAUGUUCGACAAGCACCCGGUGUCUGAAUACAAGAGCCACUUCUCUCCCCGCAACCUGCUCGCCUUCUCCGUGGAGCCCCUCCUGGUCUACCCCACGCACUACACGGGGGACGACGGGUACAUCAGCGACACCGAGACCUCGGUCGUGUGGAACGACGAGCACGUGAAGACCGACUGGGACCGGGCCAAGUCCCAGAAGAUGCGGGAGCAGCAGGCCCUGCGCCGCGAGGCCGAGAACUCUGACGUGCUGCAGUCUCCCCUGGACAGCGCUGCCCGGGACGAGCUCUGAGGGGCCGGCCGCCGCAGCCGCGCCUCCACGUGCCGGCCUGGGCACGCAGCGAGCACGCAGACUGCAGAGGGGCUGCGGAGGGCCCGGCCAGCCGGCGUCUGCUCAGCAGAACGCGCGCGGGCAGUGUUCCCGGCUUGCCGAGGGCACGCUGGAGGGCUAGGGCAUGGCACUGGGAAAUCGGGUGGGGAGUCGUCAUGACCUUUCUUUGCCAAUGUUCUGCCAGCCUGGGCCACCGGGUACCGGGUUCCCGUGUGAUGACGACAGGUCAGGCCUGGAGCUUCCCUCAGUGAGUGAAUGGUUCAGUCAUCUGGAAUCAGGCUCUUCGGCUACUGACCGAUAGCUACAUUGCUCCCUGCGGGCCCAGUGCAGGUGGCAGCCUUCCAGUGCUGGGCAUCUUGAGACACUUUCAUUUAGUUUGCUUUUUCUUUUUUUGCUUCCAGGCUUAUCACUGGGGCUCAGUGCCGGCACUACGCAUCCUCUGCUCCUGGCGGCCUUUUUUUCCUUUUUUUAAAGUCUUUCUGUUUUUGACAGGAUGGAGAAGAACUGAGAAGGGAGGGGAGGUAGGGAGGGAGAGAAAGAAAGACACCUGCAGAGCUGCUUCAUGAACCGGGAAGCAGACCCGCGGCUGGUGGAGACCGGGGCUUGCACCUGGGUCCUCGCGCCGAACACUGUGUGUGCCGAACCGGGUGUGCCACCACCCAGUCCCCUCGCUACUGGUUUUCAUCCUCUCUGGGGGCACCUACUCUAUGCUUGCGAUUUAUUCAAUCAAAUCUUUUUUUUUUUUUCUUCUUUCACCACCUGGGCCUCACGUAUGUUGAGCAGUACUUUCGCCCUUUUUGGUUUCAGAGCGAGAGAGGAGCUAUACCAAAGCAAUGGCUCCAACCUCCACGAGCUUCCCCCAGUGCCACGGGGCUCCCAUGCGGUACCGGGGUUUGAGCCUGGCGCCGUGUUGAGAGAAGGUGUGCAGGUGAGCCUCCUUCCCAGGUGUCCCCCAGGAAGCGAGCACGGUGCUUUACCACCUGCUUUUCAGCUCGGCGACCAGGCCGCAGUGCUAGUGACACAGGCGGUGGCACAGUCGUCGGCCAGCAUUCUGCAGCAUGCCGGGGGCGAGUGACACGACAGCAGGGCCCGUGCGCACCUCAGACCUCGUGGGCUCUGCUGGGCUGGAAGGCGGCUGGGGCCGGUGAUUCCCCCUGCUUCCCCCAGGCCGGCCGAGCUUGUGCACAGCAGAGACCCUCGGCCACCCAGAGGGAGGGCCGCUCUUCCGGCGCCAGGGGAGCUGGGCUUCCGGUGGCCACACAGCUCCAUGUGAGUCGUCCCCCCCCCCCCCAACCCGGUCCCCCUGGAGGGGCCAGAGUGGAGGCUGGGAGCUUGGCUCCCCGCCCUGCGUCUCAGGUGCGAUGCCUUUACGGCUAGGAUGGUGUUUGGGAACCCGAGUCCCGGCCCGCUGGCUGUCCCUCGGUCUCAGGGCUCUCGGUCAGGUCCUGGAGAACUCACUUAUUUUUUUAUUAAACAUUCCUGACUGGA